AUGGCCGAGCAGAACCAGACCUUGCCGCAAGUCAAUGGCCACACUGUCUUGGACGUCUGCGUCGUCGGUGCGGGUCCGGCUGGGCUGAUGCUUGCGGAUAAUCUCGCUCGCUUCGGUAUUAGCAAGACGGCCGUGGUGGAUGAGCGAGCGACCGAGACCACAGCCGGCCGCGCAGACGGCCUGCAGCCCAAGACUAUUGAGACACUGCGGAUGCUACGGCUUGCAGAUGACUUGCUCCGCAUUGGUACCAAGGUCUACGACAUUACCAUCUGGGGUUACGGCUACGACAAUGCCCUGAGCCGGCUGGGACGGGAGCUACAUUACCCCGAGGCCAGCGUCGAUGUGCUUGACCCGUACAUCCUCCUGUGCCACCAGGGGAUGAUCGAGGGCACAUUUAUCAGGGCCAUGAGAGAUAGAGGCCUUGAGGUUGAUAGAAACACGUACUUUGAGACGUACCAGCCGUCCCAGGAUGGGAAGACGUUGGACAUCAAGCUGAGACGACAGAGCGAGGAGCAGCUUAUUCAUUCUAGAUACCUGGUUGGGUGUGAUGGUGCGCAUUCUAAUGUGCGAAAGGCGAUGCCUGGCUGUAUUCCAGAGGGUAGCUCCUCUGUGUCAGUCUGGGGCGUCUUGGACGGUUGGGUAAAGACGGAAUUCCCCGACAUCUGGUCCAAGACGAUUGUGGUGCAUCCUGUACACGGAGCCGUGCUCAUCGUCCCUCGGGAACGAGGCAUGACACGGUUCUACAUUGAACUGAAGGCCGACACGGCCCUCUCGGCACCUCUGCCCGCCAACACCAGCCAGGAAGCCAUAAUGGAGCGGGCGCAGCUGAUCCUGGCCCCGUAUAAUCUCGAAUGGAUGAACAUCGAGUGGUUUGGACACUACCAAAUUGGCCAGCGGGUGGCCAGCAAAUUCAUGGAUGAGACGCACCGCGUCUUCAUUGCCGGGGAUGCGAGCCACACCCACUCGCCCAAGGCGGCGCAGGGCAUGAACACGAGUUUGCACGACUCGUGGAAUCUGGCAUGGAAGCUCAACCUGGAGCUGCGGGGGCUGGCGAAACCUGUCUUGCUCGACACAUACCAGGAGGAACGGAGAAAGAUUGCACAGGACCUGAUCGACUUUGACUACGAGCAUGCCAACCAGAUCGCGGCGGGCGACAGCGAAGCCCUGGCGGAGAACUUCCGCACCAACAUUGGCUUCAUGUCAGGGAUCGGCGUCAAGUAUGCCGACAAUGUCCUGAACCACGGAUCCAACAUGGCUGUAUUCUCAGGCGUCAUCCGGCCGGGCUCGAUCCUCCCGCCGGCCAGAGCGAUCCGGUACGUCGACCACAACCCCGUCCACGUGCAGCUGGACAUCCCGAAGCUGGGCCAGUUCAAGAUUUACUUUCUCGUGGGCAACGUGGCCGGUCCCGCUGUGCGGUUCUUUCUGGGAGAGCUGAGCGACUACAUCGCCUCGGAGACGUCGUUGCUGGCCCGUGUGUCUAAUCUGGCGCGGGAGUCGUACAUUGAGAAACCGAGGCUUCAGGCGCCGGAGGAUUUAUACUACAGUCACGAGCGGUACCUCACCGUGAGCGAUGUAUUCACGGUCGCAUUAAUCACUGCUACUGCGAAACAGGACUUUGAAAUCGUCGACCUCCCCCAGCUCUUCUCGGCCAGCCCCUGGACCGUGUACCUGGACGACUCGGCGUCGAUGGACAGCCAGGCGACGAGCUGCAUGGCGAAGUGGCUGGGGGAUCUGGCGCCGGGCGAGGUGGCCAUUAUCAACGUAAGACCAGAUGACUAUGUCGGGUCGGUAUCGCGGUGGAACGCCAUUGAGGGCGAGGCAGAGAAGGCCGCGGAAUGGCUUCUGUCGUACUAUGAUGGAUUCCUGCGAGCUUAA